AUGGGUCUCGCUCAAUCUGGGGAGAGAAGUGUUCGAGUUCUUCUCCCUCAGGAAAUCCAGAGCUCCUGGUGUUUCAAUCCAGCAAAAACGUUGGCUUCGCUGUGUGAUCCAGACGGCGGCCUCGAGUGGACUCCCGCAUUCUGGUUUAGGGCCAUUGUGCGACCUGUUCACGACAGCCUCAAUGGCAUCGACUGGUCUAUCUACCAAAGUUCGCCACCAGAAGAAGUUCGUCCGAAGAAAUUUCUCGUAGAGGGCGUCGACUUGGGUAUCUAG